CUAUGUUUGCAAGUCAUUUUAUAUUCUUAGUCGAUAUUGCCUGUACCCGACUAAAGAUGUUUGACAGCUGAAGAAGAAAACAGUCAAUUUGAUGCAGAAGUAUGAGUGAAAGCAAUGGCUUCCUUCUCAGCAAGUAGGAGUGCUGUGAAUUUGGCCAUAGACCCGCUGAUAACAUGCCGUCUGUGCCUGACAGAAUUUCCACGAGAUGACACAUACCAAUUGGAGGAUUGUGGCUGCAUUUACUGCAGGGAGUGUGUGCAGCAGUACCUACUGGUGUUGAUAUCAGAGGGCAACGUGGUUGCUGUAACUUGCCCCGAUGCCCAGUGUAGAAAGCAGGGGAAAAUACUCUUUUCUGAGGUAAAAAGCCUUGUAGAUGACAGACAUUUUUCAAGAUACAGAAAGUUACGGUUCCAAAAAGAGGUUGACCUUGACCCCCACCGGACGUUCUGCCCGGAGGCAGGCUGUGAGACCGUGUGCCAUGUAUGUAGUACCUCCUCCAGUCAUGCCUUCAGUCGUCCAACACCUGUAGAUUGCCCAAAGUGCAAGCUGCAAUUUUGUUCUGUGUGUAAGUCCAAGUGGCACCACAGGAAGACUUGUGAUGAAGUGAUCAUGUCAGGCCGCAAGGAGGAUCAGGGGAUUCCAUUCAGCAGUGUGGAGGACUCGAACAUUAAGAGAUGUCCCGUUUGCCAUGUGCCAAUUGAGCGUAACGAUGGAUGUGCCCAGAUGAUGUGCAAGCGAUGUAAACACGUCUUCUGCUGGUACUGUCUCACAUCACUUGAUGAUGAUUUCCUGUUGCGUCACUAUGAUAAGGGGCCUUGUAAGAACAAGCUUGGACAUUCCAGAGCCUCUGUGAUAUGGCAUCGAACACAGGUGAUUGGUAUAUUUGCCGGGUUUGGUGUGUUGCUCCUAGUUGCCUCCCCUUUUCUUCUUCUUGCGGCUCCCUGUAUACUGUGCUGCAAAUGUAAGGUGUGCAAGUGUUGUGACGAUGAAGAAGGGGAACCACCAUCAACCUGAUGUACUUCCUGUUUGAAAGCAGGAACAAGUUAUUGUGAUUUGUGAUUAUAAAUGGGAAACCAGCAUCAACCUGAUGUACUUACUUCCUGUCUAAUAGCAGGAAACCAGACAUUGUGACUGUGAAAGGGGAACCAGCACCAGAUAAACUUACAUCUACAUGUAUUUCUACGUUCAUUGGAAUUCAGUCAACCUCAUCAAUCAUCAUCCAGUGAUCUCCAUUAACGAGGAGCAUAGAUCCAUGUUGUUAGACAUGAAAAAUAACUUUAUACCAUCCAUAUACAUGAUCACAUUUAUUAAUGAACUAAGGCCACACCAGAUGGUUUUUAUGUUUAGCUUCAACCCUAAGUACCAAAAACUAAUCGCUCUAUCUAGCUAUACUGAGUAACACCCCCCUCCC